GCGGAGUACUGGGUGUGCUGGCAGGUGUAAGAACAGGUUGAACAGGUUGUGAAUGCCACUGUUUUAGGCCCUCCUCCUCCUUUUACCCACUUCUCUCUCCAGGACAACUGCUGGUUCAUUCUUACAUCUUGGAAGGUCAGCGGAGACAUUUUGGUGCACCUGUUUUCAUCUGACACAACGUAAAAAAUAAGAAAAACAACAGGAAAAUGAAGCCUUUAAAAAUCACAGCAAGCCUUCUCCUGCUUCUUCAAGCGUUUCACCUGGUAUGCCUGCAAAAUUCAACUGACUCUCCGGGACGCACAAUUGAUAAGGCCUGGCUGCGUCAGCUGCCCAGAAAUGAAGUCCAAAGUGAAAAUGCUGCAUCUAGUGGAGACAGCGGAUUUGAUCAGGGAACUGAUCAGGUAACAGCAUUCAACAAUGGCUUGAGCAGCGGAAUAGCAUCUGGCUUCAUGGCUGAAGAGGAGGAGAAUAUGACAAGCCAGGAUAAGAAUGCAAAAUCAAGUGAUUUCAGCACAAUCAUGCCCAAUGCAUUUGAAAAUGAAACAACUAAAGAACCAAAAUUGCCAGACACAGCCAUCUAUCUGAGAAAUGUGACCACAGAGUCUGCAAAUUCGAGCCAAACCAACAUGACAUACCCUGAAGAGGAGUUUAACUCAACUAUGACAGCAGACAAGACAACUAGCGCUAGAGGUCUCUCCAAUGACACUAACUUACAGUCCUCAACAACCACAGAAAAACCUGCAACAACAACAACCGUAACACCUGAGGAAGAUGAAAGAUUCAGAAACCUGACAGAAAAUACCAACACAUCUGUGACAACCACAGCAGCACCUCAGAUGAACGGGUCAGCCACUAUAACCACAGCAGCACCUCAGAUGAACGGGUCAACCACUAUAACCACAGCAGCACCGGAGAUGAACGGGUCAACCACUAUAACCACAGCAGCACCGGAGAUGAACGGGUCAACCACUAUAACCACAGCAGCACCUCAGAUGAAUGGGUCAACCACUAUAACCACAGCAGCACCGGAGAUACAGGGGUCAACCACCAAAUUUUCAACGACAACUGAGCCACCAUCUGAAACCACUCAAACAAGAUCUGAAACCACCACCACUGCAGUUUUAGACACACCAUAUUCGGCUAACAAGAAAAUUGCAAUCGGCUCGGAUCGGGGUUCGGUGACAGACACAGGUAUGGCAGACUCCGAAACAUAUUUCAGACCUGAAAAAUUAAUUCUUAUGUAUGCGCCUUUGUAGUAACUAGUUUAAUACUUAUUCAGGAAUGGAUAGUUAGGUAGAAAGCAAAAAUAAAUUCCAGAAAAUCACAUUAAAGAUAAAGUUUUAGGUUUUCAGUACACUUUUGACAUACUUAGUCUGUGACAAGUAGAUUUAGGUUGGAUUCCUUAAAUAAAACUAUAAAAAGAAACUCAGACCACAAAAAUUAAAAACAAAAGUUUCAUAAACUUAAGCAUUACAAAUAUUUAAUAUGUGUUGUGAAAAAAGUAUUUGCCCCUUACAAAUUUCUUCUUCUCUUGCUCUGUACUUGCAAUGUUUCAGAUCAAAAAGAAGUUUUCAAGUGGUAAUUCUUAUCGGAAAUAUAUCCCAGACCUGGCCCUAUGUGGAUAAACAAAAAUCACAAUUUUCCCCCAUAAUAACUGGUUUUGCACUCUAUCAAGCAUUUGCAAUCAAUGACAGUGAGACCUGCUUAGUUUGGAUGCUGAUAUUGGUUCCUUUGCAUAAUUUUGGAUUUAUCACUGACACACUAGUGCAUAAAAUUUGGUACUAAUGGGAAAAUUAAUGACUUUUCCAUAUUUGAGGAAAGUGUGAAUAAAGCCUGCUUUGUAAAAGUUUCUAGAUACAGAUACUUUGCUUAUCUUCUGUUUUUUCAAAUUUCUUUUAACUAUGUCAUUAUAUAUUAGUUUUUUUAGAUUAUAUAGCCUACUUUAUGAUAUCCAAUUGGUUCUAUGUAAGUGUUGUCUUAAAUUCACCUAAUUGACAGUGGCUGUUAAUUCUUCUAUGGGGUGGGUUUAGGAAGUUUUUCCAUAUGAAAACAUAGAAUGAAACUUGGUUUUUGUUUUUACUUAGGUCAUGCCUAUCUGACAUUGGAAAUGUAUUAUCAGAAAUGCGAGAGAAAAAAAAGGAAAACAAAUCCGUGAGAGUUCAAAUACUCUCCACAACACUUACAGUGUGAAGCAGUACAGAAGAUUGGGUUGAGUUACAUGGAUUGUGAAACAUUUUUGUUGUGAUCAACCCCAUGAUGCUCUUACUGUAUUUUUUUUUUUUAAAUUGCAGUUGUUUUUAAUUUCAUGUUGGGGGAUAGUUCACUAGUUUGCCUGACAGAAAUCCUGCUUUUUUCCUCAAAAGAGAGUAUUCAUAUAUAUUUAACACAUCCUGAUUACAAGAAUGACAUCUUUUAAACUUUUUAUAAGGCAAACACUAAUUUGUGAGAGAAACUAGCACAGAAUCUUUAAUGUAUUCUGUGAGAUUUGCUCCUUAUAAGCACAUUUAUCACGGUUGCAUGUUAACACACUGGGUAUUUCCGCCCUUUUCCUGACCCACAUUUGGCUCCAUCUCUUUUCCCACUGGCAAAGGACAAAUGCUCGUUCUUUCAAAGGCAAAGGUUGGAUUGAGUUUCACGUUUUAUCGAUGGAGCCUCUGAGGGAGAAAGGGUCUGUUACAGCUCCCCUCUCAGCAGGACAAUGAGACCCUGUUUUAGCUGCAAAAACAGCCUGAAAAAAGGCAGCAGAGGCCUGAAUUUAAAGAUGCCUUUCGCUUAAUGCAGGAGCGUGAGACUAGCUUUGUGGUGUCGACCUCCAGAUUUUGAAGAUUUGGGAGUGGGAAAGGCUGCAUGUCAUACACAUUUGUGCAAUUCAAUCUGAGAUUCUGUUGUUUUUUUCUGUUAAACCACCCGGAAAGGUACAUGUGGGCAAGCUCAGUGAGAACAAAAUGGCAGAUAAAGAGUAGGCACAGGGUUGGAUUUUAAAUAAAACUCACAUCCCAUGGACAGAUGUGACAGCAAGACAUAACACUAACAAAUGAUGGCAAUAAACAGUAGGAAAACAGUUGUGAAACUGUGGGCGAGCCACAAGCAGAAGAAAAAGAAAAAAAAAAAGAAAAGAUUCUCCACAGUUACCAUGACAGGCACAGCAUGCUCACAGACAACAUACAAUGACUCCCACCACGUUCUGGAGAUAAACAGCAUCUAUAAAUAUGCAGCUAGUAUAAUACUUUGCUUUCUCUGACCUCAAUAAAUGGAAACACCCACUCAGUCCUUGAUGUUUGAUUUCACUUGGCCACAGUGAAUAUUACAGUGGUACAGUAUGUCAGUUAUGACUUACACUUACUUGAUUUAUACACCUUUAGUGAUCUCACUUUGCUCAUUCACUCAAUUUAAUCCCACGUGCUUCACAAUAUUUUUCAAACAAGUGAAUGCAAGUUUAGAUUAUUUGAUUUUAUUUCUAGGCUAGGAAAACAACAUUUGAACUCUGACAAAUACAAAGUUGUUUGGUUCAUUUCAUUGUUUAAUGCAACAACCAUUCCAAACAAAACCUCAGCAUAUUUCUCUAUAUAAUUGCUCUGAUUAUUAGAUAUUAAUAGUUUACAGACGCAAGUUUAUGCUGCUAGUAUAUAAGACAAACCUAAUUAGAUUACUUUUAAUUAAUAUGUGUGAAUUAA